UUCCCUUCUUCUUUUCUUCUUCCUUAGAAAAUAGAAAUAACCGGGACUAAAUUAAAGGAACUUCCAGAGAAUGCAUUUGCCAAUCUUUCGAACUUGAAGAUCCUUGAUUUUCGAAAUAACAGUUUUCCAGAACUCAACGUUGAAACUUUUAAUAUUCCUUCUUUACAUCACAUUUAUCUCUCUGGUAAUCCUUUAAAAUGUAAGGAGGAUGCGAAGUGGAUAUUGAGCAGAGAAAAGGGCUCUUUGGGACACAAAAUAGCUGAUAAAGAAUAUUUGCGUUGCACGGUUCCGUACGAUGGCAGAGCAUUGAUCCCAGUUGUAGAAAUAAUCAAUACUUUGAAAGAGGAAUGUACAAAGACUGUAUGUGAAUGUGAAUUGGUAUAUGUGGUUGGUAAUGGAGGAAAGCACAUUUACAAGCAAUUAAUGGCUUUUGCUUCAGUAAAUUGUAGCCAUCGUGGAUUAACCGAGAUGCCAAGCUUUUUGCCCGCAAAUACUACCACUCUUCAUUUAUCUGGAAACAAGAUAAAGGAUUUGAGGCCACUUACAACGAAUCCUGUGUACAAGGGAGUGAUAGACCUGUAUUUGGAUGGUAAUAAAAUCGAAUCGAUCGUUCAAUUGGAGGGAUCUAGUUGGAUGGAUCAUUUUCGAUUGUUCAGUCUUCGUGGAAACAAACUAACGGAUCUUCCUACGUAUGCUCUAGAAAAUGUACUACAACACAAUGGAAAUGCAGUAAGUUUGUAUCUUGGGAAAAAUCCAUGGACAUGCGACUGCCUUUUUACACCAGGUUUCCAGAUAUACAAAUCUAAUAAAAGAUAUUAACGAUAUCAGAUGUUCUCCUGACAAUGGGGAUGAUAAUUCCGAUAGAAUUAUAAGAGAUUUGAAACGCAGUGAAAUUUGCGUUUCUUCCGAUGAAGAUUCUAUAAUCCAUCCCUUGGACAUCUUAAAUAUUAUUCUUGCAUUUCUGAUAUUUUUAAUCAUUGGAAAAUUACUUUACGACUAUUGG